AUGUCUAAAAUCGAAAGUGAAAAUGAAAAAGAUCCAGGCUGGCAGUACUUGCGACAGACUCGCGAGCAGAUGGCUGCUGAACAGUCACGACCAUUUGAUUCGAAAAAGAAUUGCUGGAUCCCAGAUGCUGAAGAAGGAUAUAUUGCUGCCGAAAUAACAAGUACGAAGGGCGACAAUGUCACCGUGGUUUCUGCUCGUGGUAAUGAGGUAACAAUAAAGAAGGAUAUGCUGCAAGAAAUGAAUCCGCCAAAAUUCGAAAAAACAGAGGACAUGUCAAAUUUGACAUUUCUGAAUGACGCAUCUGUAUUGUACAACCUUCGAGCACGAUAUUCCUCAAUGCUUAUCUAUACUUAUUCUGGUUUAUUUUGCGUCGUGAUCAAUCCUUACAAGCGUCUUCCAAUUUACACUGAUUCGGUUGCAAAAAUGUACAUGGGAAAAAGACGAACGGAAAUGCCACCACAUUUGUUUGCUGUGUCAGAUGAAGCAUACCGAAACAUGCUUGUGGAUCACGAGAAUCAGUCAAUGCUAAUUACUGGCGAAUCUGGUGCUGGCAAAACGGAAAAUACCAAAAAAGUUAUUGCAUAUUUCGCAGUGGUUGGUGCAUCACAGAAUAAAAACCAGGGUGAGAAAAAAGUCACUCUGGAAGAUCAGAUCGUGCAGACAAAUCCAGUUUUGGAAGCGUUUGGUAAUGCAAAGACUGUACGUAACAAUAACUCAUCGCGAUUUGGCAAAUUCAUUCGUAUUCAUUUUUCAAAACAAGGAAAAGUUGCUUCUUGUGAUAUUGAGCAUUAUUUGCUGGAGAAAUCUCGUGUGAUUCGUCAAGCUCCUGGAGAGCGAUGCUAUCAUAUUUUCUAUCAGAUCUUUUCCGAUUUUAAUCCAACUCUCAAGAAAGAUCUUCAGCUGGAUCUGCCGCUUAAAGCUUACUACUUUGUGGCACAAGCUGAAUUAACCAUCGAUGGUAUUAAUGAUAAAGAAGAGCACCAGCUGACAGAUGAAGCCUUUGAUAUCCUCAAUUUCACACCGGAAGAGAAAAUGAACUGCUACCGUCUGGUUUCAGCCAUCAUGCACAUGGGUUGCAUGAAAUUCAAACAACGGCCACGUGAAGAGCAAGCAGAACCAGAUGGCACUGACGAAGCUGAGAAAGCUGCUAGCAUGUUUGGAAGUGACACAGAAGAAUUCCUGAAAGCCCUCACUAAGCCACGUGUCAAAGUUGGCACGGAAUGGGUCAGUAAGGGACAGAAUGUGGAACAGGUAACUUGGGCUGUUGGUGCAAUGGCAAAGGGACUCUAUGCCAGGAUUUUCAAAUGGCUUGUCAACAAAUGUAAUAAGACUCUGGAUCAGAAAGGUACCUCACGUGAUUACUUCAUUGGAGUUUUGGAUAUUGCUGGAUUCGAAAUUUUCGAUUUUAAUUCAUUCGAACAACUGUGGAUCAACUUUGUAAAUGAGAAACUACAACAGUUCUUUAACCACCACAUGUUUGUGUUGGAACAGGAGGAGUAUGAACGCGAAGGAAUUCAGUGGACUUUUAUCGAUUUCGGUCUUGAUUUACAAGCCUCACAUUUUGCCAUGAAGCAUUACGCCGGUACUGUACGUUACAACGUCAUGAACUGGUUGGAGAAAAACAAGGAUCCACUUAAUGAUACUGUUGUUUCUGUUAUGAAAGCAUCCAAAGGAAAUGACCUUCUGGUGGAAAUAUGGCAGGACUACACAACGCAGGAAGAAGCUGCUGCCGCAAAAGAUGGAGGCGGUGGAAAAAAGAAGGGUAAAUCAGGAUCGUUUCUAACAGUUUCCAUGAUGUACCGAGAAUCCUUGAACAGUUUAAUGAGCAUGCUGAACAUGACGCAUCCACAUUUCAUCCGCUGCAUCAUUCCAAAUGAAAAGAAGACUUCUGGACUUCUUGAUGCUGCUCUGGUUCUAAACCAGCUUACUUGCAACGGUGUAUUGGAAGGUAUUCGCAUAUGUCGUAAAGGUUUCCCAAAUCGAAAUUUGCAUGCCGAUUUUAAACAGCGUUAUGCAGUUCUUGCUGCUAAAGAAGCAAAGAGUGAGGACGAUCCGAAAAAGUCUGCUGAAGUGAUGCUCAGCAAACUUGUAAAUGAUGGAGCAUUAACGGAAGAAAAUUUUCGUGUUGGUAAAACAAAGGUUUUUUUCAAAGCUGGUGUUUUGGCACAUCUGGAAGAUCUUCGAGAUCGGAAACUUGGCGAGGUUCUUACUGGAUUCCAGGCUAAGAUUCGUUCCUAUAUAAAUUUAGACGAUCGCCGACGACGCAUGCAUCAACGCCAUGGUUUAUUGGUUUUACAGCGGAACAUUCGUGCGUGGUGCGUGCUGCGUACCUGGGACUGGUUCCUUAUUUACGGAAAAAUUAAGCCUAUGCUUAAAUGCGGCAAAGAAGGGGAAGAAAUCGAGAAAAUGAAUAAACAAAUCAAAGAGCUGGAAGAAAAUAUAGCGAACGAAGAAAAAGCUCGUAAGGAAUUGGAAAGCAAUUCUACGAAAUUACUUGAAGAACGAAACAAUGUUUUCAAUGAACUAGAAGCGGCCAAGGCACAACUGUCUGAUGUCGAUGAUCGUCUCAAUAGGCUGUCGGCACUGAAAACCGAUGUUGAAAAACAGAUUCAUGAACUGGAGGAACGACUUGGAGACCAGGAAGAUCGUAAUUCUGAUUUGUCACGCUCGAAGAAAAAGAUCGAAAAUGACGUUGAGAAUUUGAAAAAAGCAAUCGCAGAUUUGGAAACUCGUUUGCAAAAAAUAGAUGCGGAUAAACAAAGCCGUGAGCAACAGAUUCGGACGUUGCAAGAUGAAAUGCAGCAGCAAGAUGAAAGUAUUGCUAAAUUGAACAAAGAGAAGAAGCAUCAGGAAGAAAUUAAUCGGAAACUGAUGGAAGAUCUCCAAGUUGAGGAAGACAAAGGAAAUUAUAGUAACAAAUUGAAGGGUAAGUUGGAACAAAGCCUAGACGAUCUUGAGGACAAUUUGGAGAGAGAGAAACGAGGACGUAACGAAAUUGAGAAACAUAAACGCAAAAUUGCGGGUGAAUUGAAGGUUGCUCAAGAGAAUAUGGAAGAGAUUGAAAGGCAGAGACAUGAAAUUGAAAAUAAUCUGAAGAAAAAGGAAGCUGAAGCCCAAGCAAUUAUAACACGCUUGGAAGAAGAGCAGGAUCUUGUUGGAAAGCUCAAGAAACAGGUUAACGAAACACAAAAUCGCAUAACAGAACUGGAAGAAGAAUUGGAGAAUGAACGGCAAUCACGAAGUAAGGCGGAACGAGCAAAAUCAGACUUGCAACGUGAACUGGAAGAACUGGGAGAUCGUCUGGAUGAACAAGGUGGUGCUACGGCUGCUCAAGUGGAAGUAAACAAAAAGCGUGAAGCAGAGUUGGCAAAACUUCGUCGUGAUUUGGAAGAAGCUAACAUGAAUCAUGAGAAUCAGCUUGCGGCAAUUCGUAAGAAACAUAACGAUGCUGUUGCGGAAUUGGGUGAUCAGAUUGAACAGGCGCAGAAAGCGAAAGGUAAGAUUGAGAAAGACAAGAUGCAAGCGCAACGCGAUGCCGAGGACCUUGUAGCACAAAUUGACGGCGAAACAGCAGCAAGAAUGAACAAUGAAAAGCUUGCAAAGCAGUAUGAGAUGCAAAUUGCCGAAUUGCAAACCAAAUGCGACGAGCAAAAUCGACAGCUCCAGGAAUUUACGACACUGAAGACACGGCUUAACAGUGAAAAUAGUGACCUCGGGAAACAGAUUGAAGAAACAGAGUCGCAGGUGAAUGCAAUGACACGACUGAAGGCUCAGCUGACAUCUCAGUUGGAAGAAGCUCGACGUUCGCUGGAUGAGGAAGCACGUGAUCGUAACAAUUUGGCAGCACAAAUGAAAAAUUAUCAGCACGAAAUCGAGCAAGUUCGCGAAUCGAUAGAGGAAGAAAUUGAAGCCAAAAGCGAGCUGAUGAAGCAAUUGAGCCGCGCAAAUGCUGAGAUUCAACAAUGGCAAACACGUUUCGAAAGCGAAGGUUUAUUGAAAAGCGAUGAACUGGAAGAAUCAAAGAAACGGCAAGCGCAGAAAAUCAAUGAACUUCAGGAAGCACUGGAUGCUGCCAAUUCAAAGAUUAGUUCCUUGGAAAAGACGAAGUCUCGUUUGGUUUCUGAUCUUGAUGAUGCUCAGAUGGAUGUAGAGCGAGCCAAUUCAUACGCAAAUCAACUUGAGAAAAAGCAAAAGGGCUUCGAUAAAGUAAUCGAUGAGUGGAAAAAGAAGACUGACGACAUAGCUGCUGAAGUGGACAACGCACAACGAGAAGCUCGGAAUGUGUCAACUGAACUGUUCAAACUGAAAACUGAACAAGAUGAAGUUCUGGAAACGAUUGAAGGUUUGAGACGUGAAAACAAGGAGUUGGCGCAAGAAAUUAAAGACCUAACAGAUCAAUUGGGUGAAGGUGGUCGUUCUGUAUUUGAAAUGCAAAAGAUAAUUCGUCGGCUGGAGGUCGAAAAAGACGAGUUGCAGCAUGCUUUAGAUGAAGCCGAAGCUGCUCUGGAAGCCGAAGAAAGUAAAGUACUUCGGGCUCAGGUCGAGGUUUCACAAAUAAGAGCUGAAAUCGAAAAAAGAAUUCAAGAAAAGGAAGAAGAAUUCGAAAAUACGCGCAAAAAUCAUCAAAGAGCAAUCGAGUCUAUGCAGGCGUCACUUGAAAAUGAGACGAGAAGUAAGGCCGAUUUGGUGAGACUGAAGAAGAAAUUGGAAUCGGAUAUCAACGAACUGGAAAUAGCUCUAGACCAUGCAAAUCAGGCAAACGCUGAAGCUCAGAAAAACGUAAAACGUUAUCAAGAUCAAAUGAGGGAGCUACAGCAGCAGGUCGAAAUCGAACAACGUAAUCGAGAAGAGAUUCGAGAACAGUAUUUGAAUAUGGAAAAGAAAGCAACCUUGCUGCAGUCGGAGAAGGAGGAAAUGUUGAUUGCAAUGGAUCAAGCAGAGCGAACCCGUAAGCAAUCAGAACGUGAUGCUAAUGAAGCACAUACCCAAUGUAAUGAGUUAUCCGCUCAAGCUGAAUCGCUGAGUUCCGUAAAGAAGAAGCUUGAGGCCGAACUUUUGGCGGUUCAAGCUGAUCUGGACGAAACUUUGAACGAGUACAAAGCUUCAGAAGAGCGCUGUAAAGCAGCAAGUAGCGAUGCUGCACGACUUGCCGAACAGUUGCGGCAAGAACAGGAAAAUUCGUUACAGAAUGACCGAAUAAGAAAGGCUUUGGAGUCUCAACUGAAAGAGAUGCAGGCACGCCUAGAUGAAGCAGAAGCCGCUGCUCUGAAAGGUGGCAAGAAGGUCAUUGCCAAACUGGAAUCUCGUAUUCGUGAGCUUGAAAACGAACUCGAUGGCGAACAGCGACGAUAUCAGGAGACAAAUAAAAGUCUCACUAAACAUGAAAGGCGUAUCCGAGAGCUUCAAUUUCAGGUAGAUGAAGAUAAAAAGAAUGCUGAAAGAACAAGAGAUCUCAUCGAAAAGCUGCAGAACAAACUAAAAUCACAAAAGAAGCAAAUUGAAGAAGCCGAGGAGCUGGCAAAUGUAAACCUACAAAAAUUCCGCCAAAUACAGCAUCAGUUGGACGAUGCAGAAGAGCGUGCCGACCAUGCCGAAAAUUCGCUUUCUAAAAUGCGAGCCAAAAGUCGCAGUGGUAUGACAGCUUCGCCAGGAGUACAAAUCUCCCAGUCGUCUAUUCUCCGUUCCUCCUCACGCGCACAGUUUUAG